GAAGAUGAGUUCCAGACGUUCGACUCUCUUAACUUUAAUCCCGAACCCAAGAUUGUGUCAUAAUUUUUUAUUUAUUUAUUUAUUUUAUUUUUUAUUUUUUUAAUGGAGUUAGCAGUCGAUUUCAAGUUUCAUUUUUUGAAUUUGACCGUAUUAAAUUCGUUCUUGGUUGGAUAAAAAUAAGGGGGUGACUCUCAAUUUUUCAUUAAAAGUCUUAUCAAACUCUUCAGUGAAACCUGUAUAGACUAAUCUGUUGUCUACUAAAACCAAAUACCACAGGAUCAUACUUCAUUAUAUGUUGUAAUUCUUGAUAAUUGCAAUGCCACAAUGGAUAUUUUUACAUUUAUUUAUGAUCAAAGUAUCAUUAAUACUAUAUUUAAUCAACACACCUAAAUCAUGUCUUUCCCUGAGUAAAUUAAAAACUCAACACCCAUACACCUCCUUUAAUUUAAUUAAGACCCCUCCACGCCACCAGUGACCAGUCACAUACCCCCAUAUAAAAACAAAGAAUUGAAAAAGUCACAACUGCUCUUUACCCAAAAUAGUGAGAAAAUGAAAGAAAACCGCCAAAUAAUUAAAACCCAUCAUAAAACCACGAGCUAAUUAUUCCAAAAUGGCAAUUGUAUUUCGGACAACAAAAUUACUCGUAUUCUAAACACCCCAACCAAAAAAAUUCAAAAUAUAAUGCAAAAACUAGCCUACUACUCGUACUACUACUAGUAGAUCAUCCAUGCUAAAGAACGUCUCCCCAACAUUUCUAUAUAAAGCUGACUACUUAUUCCCUUUCUCUCUCUCCUUCUUCAUCAUAUUUUCUCUGCAAUUUCCUUCUCUUCUCCACGUUCUCUCUCCUCUCAUCAUCAUUUUCAUCCUCCAUUAAACCCCCUAUUCAAACCUCCACUUUCUCGUUAAACGAUGUCGUAUCGUGGGGGUAGCAGCAGCGGCGGCGGUGGACGAGGCUAUGGCAGAGGCGACUCCGGCGGACGUGGUCGCGGCGAUUACGGGGGUCGUGGUCGUGGUGACUCAGGAGGAAGAGGCUAUGGCGGAGGACGCGGUGGUGGUGGUUCAGGGCCACCGAACGUCGGGAGUUUGACGAAAGCUAACUGGGAUGCGGCGGCGGGUGUUAGGCUGCUCGACGAGAUGAAGAAACUGAAAGUAUCGGAGUCGUCAUCGCAAAAUAAGGGUGGAAGGAGUCGUAAACCGUUAGUGAUGCCGAAACGGCCUGGGCCUGGUAGUGUUGGACUUCGCUGUGCUGUGCGUGCUAAUCAUUUUCUCGUUCAACUCUCUGAUAAUGACUUUCAUCACUACGAUGUGUCAAUCAGUCCAGAGAUAGCCUCCAAGAAUUUUAGUAGAGAGAUACUGAAUAAGCUUCUACGGGAUCACAAGUCAAUUUUGGGGAACAAGAUUCCGGCGUAUGAUGGCAAGAAGAGCUUCUAUACUGCAGGUCCUUUACCAUUCACAUCAAAGGACUUUGUCGUUGAAAUUGAAAAACAAAGAAGAGGCAGUUCUGAGAGUGAGGUUCAAAAAUUCCAGGUUACCAUCAAAUUGGCUAACAAGGUUGAUAUACAUUUUCUGCAAGAGUACCUUGCUGGUCGAUUCUCAGAUUCUCCCCAAGAUGCCAUCCAAGUGCUUGAUGUUGUUCUUCGUGCAGCAAAGCCUCCUACAGACUAUGUGUUGAUUGGGAGAUCAUUCUUUUCGGAAUCACUGGGCAAGGAUUCUCUUGGGGAAGGUUUAGAGUAUUGGAGGGGGUAUUAUCAAAGCAUUAGGCCAACCCAGAUGGGCCUCUCUCUAAACAUUGAUGCAUCUGCACGCCCCUUUUAUGAACCGAUAAUGGUUCAUGAAUUUGUGGCUAAUUAUUUGAAUCUGAGAGAUUUCUCUAGGCCCUUUUCUGAUGCAAAUCGUAUCAAGGUUAAGAGGGCGUUAAAAGGUAUCAUAGUGGAAACAAGUCAUUUAGCAUCCAAGAAAUGCCACAAAGUGAUAGGCGUGUCAAGUGAACCCGCAAACCAGCUGAUGUUCUCUCUUGGCAGUAAUGACACCCAGUUGUCUGUCUCACAGUACUUCAAAGACAAGUACAAGAUACAGCUUAGACAUCCAGCUUUACCAUGCAUCCAAAUUGGGUCGGCUAAGAGGCUUACCUAUCUGCCCAUGGAGGUCUGCCAAAUUGUUCAUGGUCAAAAAUACCUUAAGAAGUUGAACGAGAGGCAGGUGACUGGUCUUCUUAGGGCAACCUGCCAAAGACCUCCUGAAAGAGAGAAUAAAAUCAUCGCGAUGGUGAAGAACAAUCGCUACUCUGAAAAUCAGAUGGUCAAGCAGGAGUUUGGAAUGAAUAUAACUGAAGUGCCUGUAACUGUCGAUGCCCGAGUAUUGCCUCCACCAAUGCUCAAGUAUCAUGACAGUGGAGCUGAACGAGAAGUUGCACCAGGGGUGGGCCAGUGGAACAUGAUUAACAAAAAAAUGUAUAUUGGUGCUACUGUGUCUCACUGGACUUGCCUGAGUUUUUCAAGACUAGAUCAAGUUUUAGUGCAGCAGUUUUGCAAGGAGCUGGUUGCCAUGUGCUCUAGCAAGGGAAUGAACUUCAACCCGAACCCUUUUAUUCGUAUACGCUCUGCUCAUCCUGCUCAGAUUGAGAAAGCUCUUUCAGAAGUGGGAGAUAAGGUGCAGUUGCUAAUUAUUAUUUUGCCAGAAGUUACUGGGUCCUAUGGAAAAAUUAAAAGAAUAUGUGAAACUGAGCUCGGUAUAGUUUCUCAAUGUUGUCAGCCUAGGCAUGCUCAAAAACUUAGCAAGCAGUAUCUUGAAAAUGUAGCUUUGAAAAUCAAUGUGAAGGCUGGAGGAAGCAACACAGUCUUGUGUGAUGCGAUACAGAGAAAUAUACCCCUCUUGACUGAUCGUCCAACGAUAAUUUUUGGUGCUGAUGUCACACAUGCUCAACCAGGGGAGGACUCUAGUGCCUCAAUUGCAGCUGUUGUUGCCUCAAUGGACUGGCCUGGGGUGACCAAGUACAGAGGGCUUGUUCGUGCCCAGGGUCAUCGGGAGGAAAUUAUUAAGGAUCUGUAUGCAUGUGCUAGAGAACUUCUGAUAGCUUUCUACAAGGCAAAUAAUAGGCAGAAACCUGAGAGAAUUAUCUUCUUUAGAGAUGGAGUAAGUGAAGGCCAGUUUGCUCAGGUUUUGCUGCAUGAGGUUGAUGUGAUACGGCAGGCCUGCGAAUCCAUAGAAGAGAACUAUCAACCACGUGUGACAUUUGUGGUUGUGCAAAAAAGGCACCACACCCGUCUUUUCUCCGUAGAUAACAAAAUGAUCGAUAGGAGUGGCAAUAUUCUGCCAGGAACUGUGGUCGACAGCAAAAUUUGCCAUCCAUCGGAGUUUGACUUCUAUCUAUGCAGUCAUGCAGGGAUACAGGGAACAAGCCGACCCACACACUAUCAUGUGCUUUAUGACGAGAACAAUUUUACUGCAGACUUGCUCCAGCUGCUGACCAAUAGCUUGUGUUACACGUUUGCUAGGUGCACACGCUCAGUAUCUGUUGUUCCUCCAGCUUAUUAUGCACACCUUUUGGCUUUCCGUGCUCGGUAUUAUGUUGAAGGUAUGACCAUGUCUGAUAGUGAAUCAACCAAUACCAAAGAUCUGACCAAGGACAAACAAGCAGAGGUUCAGGCCCUUCCAAAGAUCAAGGAAAAUGUGAGGGAUGUCAUGUUCUAUUGCUAGGAGGAAUUGCAGCGUCCUCAACCUUGUUACUAGUUUUUGCAGUUUUCACUAAUUUUCUGGGGCUAUGAAGUACGAGUUUGCUAUCGAAUCGAAUAUCGAUUUUAACUUAUAACCUAUGUUGUAUAUAGCUAUGUGCGUGGAAAAUGUGCCUAGGACUUUUAGUGUAAGGUACACUUAUGAAAACACUGAAGUUUGGUCUAGUCUCAAGUUUUACAGUGUUAAAGUUCUCGUUGAGAAUGUGAAAACUAAUAUUUAGAAUUGUCAAUA